CAGUGACUGAAUAUACAAUAAUUCUAGUGAAAAACCAUUUUUCCAGUUAAAUAAAAUUAGUAAAAUAUGUACAUGAGGAAUGAUUAAUGAUUGUUAAAUUAAUACAAUCAGACUACAAACAACUGAUCUGUAAAUCAUUGUUCAUCCCAUUUUUCUCACACCAUUUCAAUAAAAAAGAAUAUUUUGUGAGGUUACUUUAAUUUUUGUAAACAUUUGGUAACAAGAAAAACGUGUUCUCGAUUGGUUUUUAAAAUUUGAAAGGCUUAUAAUAUAAAAAUGGGAUUCCAGGACGAUGAUGAUUAUAGCGUCUCAGAUUCUGAUGAUGAAUAUACAGAAAAUGAAAAAAUAUUACUAAAUAAAGUGAGACAUAAAGAUAUCGAUUCAGAAAAUGAACAAGAAGUUUUUGGUGUUACAUCAGAUCAUUCAGAUGAUGAUGAUGAUAGUGAUAAUAAUGAAUUAGCCUUGAGUGAUGUUGAAGGCCAAGAUGAUGACGAUUUACCAGAUAUUAGAGCUUGGGGCAAAGAUAAACGGAAAUACUACAAAACUGAUUAUGUUGAUGAUGAUUAUGGUGGUUUUCAAGGCAAAGAUGCCCAAUUGGCAGAGUUAGAAGAAGAAGAAGCAAUAACAUUACAAAAACAAUUAGUCCAGCAGUUAGAUGACGAUGAUUUCAAUUUGGAUAUAUUCAGGAAAGAAAUUGAAGAACGUGAUAAACAACAUGAAGAAAUCAUUAAGAGAGAUAUUUCAAAAUUAUCUAAAAGACAACAAUUAGAAAUAAUGCAAAAGGAAUCUCCAGAAUUUUUCAAUCUCGUUUCUGAUUUUGAAAACAAAAUGACGGUAGCAAAAACUUUUUUACUUCCGUUAUUAAAAAAAGUAGAAAAUGGAGAAAUACCAUCUUGCAAAGCCACAGAUUUUGUUCAAAAGAUGUAUGAAUUAAUAUUGAACUAUUGUACAAACAUUUACAUGUAUCUAUUAUUAAAAUCGUCCAAAGUGAACGUUCAAAACCAUCCACUGAUAAAACGACUUUAUCAAUACCGCCAAUUUCUUUUGCAACUGGAACCUAUUUAUGAAGAAGUUAUUCAACCACAGAUUGAAUUAUUACUGAAAACUGAUAACCAAGAAUCUGGUGAUACUGAACUAAAGAAGAAAAAGAAAAUGUUGAAACUUCUCCAAGAAAUUAAGGAUAAGUCUUUAGAAACAAGUGCCGUUAAAAGAAAACAAUCUAAAACGAACGUUCCUGGAAACGUUAAGAAAGUUAAAUUUGAUGAUACUAGUCUAGUUAAAGAUGAUAUCAGUUCUUCAGAAGGAGAGGAAGAUGAGGAUAUCGAAGAAAAUAGUGAAACUGUAGAAAAUGCGACAGAAGAACCUUCCAAAAGGGCUAUUACUUAUGAAAUGGCCAAGAACAAAGGUCUUACACCUCACAGGAAGAAGGAGCAACGGAAUCCCAGGGUUAAACACAAACUCAAGUAUAGAAAAGCGAUUAUUCGCCGUAAAGGAGCUGUCCGUGAGCCUAGGAAGGAGCUAUCUCGAUAUGGUGGUGAAAUAUCUGGUAUCAAAGCUAGUGUUUCGAGGAGUAUUAAGAUCAAAACUUAAUGUAUUUUUAUUGACAUUAAUAAAUAUAUUAUGUUAACCAA